AUGGCCAAAGAUCUGACUCUCCAGUACAUCACCGAGGUCAAGGGAAAUGUGACGGCCGAGCAAGCUAUAGCAACCCUCCAAGAACACCAGUUCUUCCUGGAUACAGACCCCAACAUCAUCUCUUCCAAGACAGACACGCAGCCCAAGGAUGGCAAGUUGCACCCCAUUCCUGAGGCUAUCCAAGCCAUCCAGAAGGGUGACACCCGGUGCUACGAGGUCCUCGACAAGGUCCCCGUUGUGGCUCUGUUCUCAAAGCUGCUGCCUGGCCUUGCCACGAUCACCAACCACUACCAAAUCACAAACACCAAGGAUGGUAUCUUUGUGUACCUCCAAGCUGCCCUAGGCGUCAGUCAGGAACGGCGUUGGGCCGUGGUGGAGGAUAAGGACGGGUUGCGGAUUGUGGAGUACGUGACCACCUUUUGCUCAAGGCUUUUGUACGAGUCGGUCAAAGGUCAGCAAGAAGCCAAUUGGAAGGGUGUCCACGCGCAGUACGUCCGCAAGAUGGGAGGCGAGGUUGGAGACCAAUCUACGAGUUGA